AUGCCCCUGGGAGCGUUCGCUCGUCGCGCCUCCACGGCUUUAGCCUCCGCUCGCCCGUCCACAUCUCGCGCUUUCACCGCCCUAAGCGCGGGGAACGGUGACUUCGGGAGGCUCGGUCACGGCCAAGUCUUAACGGAUGAUGACGUUUCCUUUCGCUCGUCCAACUACUUUCAUCCAGUUAGAGGGUUAGAGGACGUCGACGUGACGCAGUGCGCGGCCGGAGGGGCGCAUUCGAUCUUCCUGGCCCACGGUGGUUUCGUCUUCGCGUGCGGGCUGAACAAUUACGGACAGCUGGGACACGGCAAGCACAGCGCGCACGUACCAGAGGCAGCGCUCGUGGAUUUGGAUGUGGAAGUGGUUCGCGUUGCAGCCGGGAAUAAUCACACGCUGUGCGUCGAUGUCGACGGUGGGGUUUGGGCGUUCGGUAAAAACGAGGGAGGUCAGUUAGGGACGGGGCUGGACCUCGAUGGAUUCCAGCCGAGAAGAAUAGAGACACUUGGUUUGGAGGGAAAAAUAGUGGACGUCGCGUGCGGCGCUGAACACUCCUUGGCUCUGUCCGAGGACGGCCGAGUAUACUCAUGGGGCACGAGCGCGGACGGUGUGCUCGGGCACGGUUCGGAGACUUGGAACGAGGGAUGGUUUUAUCGCACCGCGAAGACAGUGGCGAAGCCUAGAUUAUUACGCGCGCUUUCAGAGACAAAGGUGCGCUCAAUCGCCGCCGGACACAUGCACUCGGCGUGUGUAGACGAGCGUGGGGAGUUGUUUACGUGGGGACAGGGAAGAUUCAAUCAACUUGGUCAAACCUCGAAGUACGUCGAUCACGAGACGGCUCCCAAGUCUGUAGAUACCCUUCGAUUUGUUCACCAAGUGACGUGCGGUGGUUUGCACACGCUCGCGAGCACGAGUGCCGGAGUCGUCUCUUGGGGCGCAAAUCAACACGGCGAGCUCGGACACGGCUCAAAUUCGGACGCGAAAUCGGCCAUUCCUAAACCGAUCAAGCUCUCCUCUCGCGGAUGGUCCAAGCUCUCCGCCGGAUGGAAGCACUCCGCCGGCGUCUCCAACGACGGAAAACUCUUCGCCUGGGGGUUCGGCGGCUCCGUUGGUUCCCACUCCGACGAAAAACUGUCCAGCGGUGGCCAACUCGGACUCGGAAACGACUUCGAUUACUGGGAACCUACCGAGGUAUGGCUUCCCGGCGACGCCGUGGGCGUCUCGUGCGGGUUCAACCACACAUUAGCCUUAGUUCGCCUCGGCGCGUAG